UUUAAUAAGCUACAUGAAGACGCCGACGAAGUCCUGCGCGAGGCCAGAACGAGGCCCGAGUUCCAGAGUGCCGAGGAUGAAGCCAAGGAGCAGAGGAUAGCUCAGUUGAUGGUAGAUCAGAUGUCGAUGCCCAUGACCGUCAACCAGGUUUCCGUCAAUGGCGCAAAGAAUAUUCGCCGAGGCUUUCUUGAUCCGAUCCUGAAUCCAUUGCUGAGCGACAGCAAUGAUCCUCCCCAUACGGUCGGGGAAGUGCUGUCAAGACUCCAGAUAGCAACGGGGAAGCUCAGCGCACUGCAAAUCCUCAGAGAGCCCCCGCAAGUCUAUCUGUCCCAGUCGAGCCAUGCGGACGCAUCGACGAGUCCUACUGAUGUAGACAUCUCCAUCGGCCUUCGCGAACUACCUCGCUUCAAACUUCAGACCGGCACGGAUGUCGGAAACGGCGAAGGGUCGGCAUACGGCUCUUUGUUGUGGCGCAACAUGUUUGGCGGCGCCGAGAUGCUGACCCUGAACGCAAAGGCGGGAACUCGCACACGGUCCGCUUACAGCGCAAACCUCAGCGCUCCCGUGCUGAGCAAUCCGGACAUGCGCAUCUCGUUGGAAGCCCUCUCGUCUGCCGUGGAGAAGCCCUGGGCCUCCCACGAGGAAGUCGUCAAGGGAGGAGCACUCCGCUUCUCAUGGCUCAACCGUCAACGAGACACCCAUUCCGUCGAGUAUUCAGGAUCAUGGCGACAAAUUACUGGUCUUGCGGCUGAUGCCAGUCCAACCGUCAGGCAAGACGCUGGCGAUACCAUCAAGAGCGCUCUCAAGCAUACCUUCUACAGAGAGAGGCGGGAUAACCCUCAACUGCCACAGCAGGGGUACAUGGUCCGGACUGGAUUCGAGCUGGCCGGUGUUGGCCCGCUGGGUGGCGACGUUGCCUUUAGCAAAAGCGAUUUGGAGGUCAGCGGCGCCGUCCCUAUUCCUCUUCCUGGAGUCAAGGGACGGACGGGCAUCUCCCUUGGGGCAGGAUUCAGGACGGGACUGCUCUAUCCCCUGCCUCUCGGGUACGACUUUGGCGGUAAAGCUUUGCCGAGCCGACUCAACGACCGGUUCUUGCUAGGCGGACCGACAGAUAUUCGCAGCUUCAAGCUUGGAGGGCUGGGUCCUCACGAUGGCCGGGAUGCUGCCGGUGGAGACGUGUUCGCUGCUGGCAGCAUCAACAUGCUCUUCCCGCUGCCCUACAAGGGACCCGAUUCUGCUCUCCGCAUGCAGCUGUUUGCGAACGGAGGUCGCCUGAUUGCGCUGAGAAACAAGCUCAAAUCCCGGGACACGUCGCAGGGUCUAGACGGUGAGACAGUCCGCAGCGGCAUUGCGAAUGCCGUUGGGGACUUGUUUAACGGCCCUCCCAGCUUGGCUGCUGGCGUUGGGCUGGUAUACGCCCAUCCAGUGGCCAGGUUUGAGCUCAACUUUGGCUUGCCAGUGAUUGUCAGAAAGGGGGAGCUGGUCACGAAGGGGGUACAGCUAGGGGUAGGCAUCAACUUUUUGUGA